AUGCUAAUAAUAAUAAAAUAUCUAUCUAUCUAUCUAUCUAUCUAUCUAUCUAUCUGCCUAUAUGUACGUAUGCAUAGCUGUAUGAGCAUCUAUCUAAUAGAUAUGCAUAGCUGCAUGAGCAUCUAUCUAAUAGAUAUGCAUAGCUGCAUGAGCAUCUAUCUAAUAGAUAUGCAUAGCUGCAUGAGCAUCUAUCUAAUAGAUAUGCAUACGCAUGAGCAUCUAUCAAUAGAUAUGCAUAGCUGCAUGAGCAUCUAUCUAAUAGAUAUGCAUAGCUGCAUGAGCAUCUAUCUAAUAGAUAUGCAUAGCUGCAUGAGCAUCUAUCUAAUAGAUAUGCAUAGCUGCAUGAGCAUCUAUCUAAUAGAUAUGCAUAGCUGCAUGAGCAUCUAUCUAAUAGAUAUGCAUAGCUGCAUGAGCAUCUAUCUAAUAGAUAUGCAUAGCUGCAUGAGCAUCUAUCUAAUAGAUAUGCAUAGCUGCAUGAGCAUCUAUCUAUCUAUCUAUCUAUCUAUCCCAUUCUAUUGCCCUGUCUUGAAAAGAUCUAUCAGGAGGCAACAAAAUGUGCCCAAAACGACUACGCACAAUCCAGAACACAUGACAGCAGGCAAACGCAGCGUAAAUCCAACUAUAUGCGAACCAACGGGAUAUGAGUCACCGCUGGGAAAACCACUUCCAGGGCUUUCUCAACGACCACGCCACUACGCCGGAAGACCUCCCUGCGGAAGACCCUAA